AUGGGAGCCGCUGCGUCUGGUGUUAGCACUCAAAUGCAAGCCGAGCAUGAUCCAAAUGCUGCGUUUCCAUGGUGGGUUCGUUUCUUGGCGAAAGGAGUCGCGAUUCUUGGAGGCUUCCUCUCAUUGUUCUUUGGUGUAUUGGGCCUUUUGACCUUUACAGCAACAUGUAUGCUUGCAAUUCUCCUUCAAAUGGCAUCCGGAGCAUUGGUCAUCGCAUUGGAAGCGCCAUUCUGUUGCCAAUUCGUCGAUUUCAUCGAGAAAUUGGCGAGAUUCAGCGAGUCGCGACAGCUUUGGCAUAAGGCGGCCAUCUAUGGAAUAAUGGGAAUUAUUCCGAUUAUUCUUUGCUUGGAACUCAACACCAUUCUUGGAAGUGGAACCAUCUUCGCAUCGGGAGUCAUUUAUGGAUUCAUGGCGCUUGGAAAGAAGGCUGAUCGCAACAACAUGAUGGCCGCUGGAGAUCCAGCCUGGAGCCCACAAGUCAACCAAUCCAACAUUCCAUAA